AUGAGUCAGGGAACCAGAAGUCAGUCGAAGCGCCCAGCGCAGGGCAGCCCAGGGCAGUCAGAUGAGGAGAUGGAGCCGCCCCUCCACGAUCUCCUUCUUGCAAAGGUCGAGUCUAUGAUCCACGGCCUGGAAAGCAAGCUUGACAGUAAGCUGGACGAGAAAUUUGGGGCCCUCUUCCCUCAGCUGAAGGCAGAGCUCAAGGCAGAGCUGAAAACCGAGCUGAAGGAUGAGGUGGUGGCUGAGCUGAAGGCAGAGCUGCUGCCUCUCCUGCGCGCUGAGCUGGCCAAGGACACGCAGACCAGAGCCGCCUCCAACGAUGAAGCAGUGGUGAACAAAGUGCACCAUCUGGAGUCUGUGGUGGAGUCUCAGGCCCGCCAAGCCAGGAGUGCCAACCUGAUCUGCCAUGGUCUGGCAGAGGACAACACAGAGAAUGUCUCAGCCCGCGUGGCAGCGCUGUUUGACAGCAACAGCGGCCCCCCUGCUGUUGUCAGCGAAGCUCGCCGCCUCGGUGCCCCCAGCGCCACGCGCACCAAGCCGCGCCCCGUGCUCAUCAGCUUCAGCGGCGUGGCAGCCAAGCACGCUGCCCUCAAGCACAGCAAAGCCCUGCGCCAGCGCCAGAUUUUCCUGGAUGCCGACCUCACCCCGCAGCAGCAGCGCAUCCGCGUCAGCAUGCGCCCACACUAUGUCGCCCUGAAGACAGCCGGCAAGCAGCCCUUCUGGCGCGAGGAGCGCCUCUUCGUCCGGGAGGGCGACCGCGUGCGUGAGCACAUGCCUGUGCCUGGGCCUCCCCCGGCUGCCGCGCCGGGCGCCGCUGCCGCCCCGGGUGCUGCCACUGCCGGGCCCUCUCAGGCCGCGCCUUCCUCCCCCGGCCGCGCCGACUCCUACGCCGAAGCAUUUGACGGGGACUCUACACCGCUGCUGAUUGGCUCCAGCUAUGUGCCUCCAGCGGGUUCCCGGCAAUUGCAGACUGUGGACCUGACCAGUCGAUUUACGGGCUUAUGUGCAGAAGUUGUUGCCGCUCGUGCUCAGGGCAAUGUGAUCCUGGCAGGAGACUUCAAUGCUCGCCAUGCUGUGGCUGGGGAACUUGAUGCAGCCUUUCAGACCCUGGAGGCGGGGAUCCGGGAGGCCGCAGCCGCGAACAGCAUGCCGGCCCGCACCGGGCGCCAUCAGCGCAAGGCGCGUGCCGACGCGCCCUUCUUCGAUUCGGAGUGCCGCCAGCUUAAACGGGACGUCCGCGCCCGCGCGCGGUGCGGGGGCGAUCCAGCCGAAGUGCGCGCGCUGGAGCGUGCCUACCACAACACCGUCCGCCACAAACGGCGCGCUCACCGGCUCGCGCAACUGCGCCGCCUGCUUGAUGAUUUGCACAGUGACCCCCGAGCCUUCUGGAAGCGGCUCAAGUCUCAGCAGUCUGAUAUACCUGAGCAGCUCAAGCCAGUGCAAUUGUGGGCUGGCUAUCUCAAGCGGGUUGCAAACUUGCAGUUGCCACUCAUUGCUGAGCUGCCCCACUUGUCUUUCCCUGUCCAGCCCAGUGCUCCUGUUGCCCAUGUUGAUGCUCUCAAUGCACCCAUCUCUCUUGGGGAGGUGCUUGCUGGGCUCAAAAGUUUACACAAUGGUCGUGCCACCGGAGUGCAAGGUUUACCAGCUGAGCUGUUUCGGUAUGCAAAAGAUGAGCGGGCGCCAGGCAUGCCUCCUCCGGAAAAUGUCCUGGCGCCUGCUUUGGUGGCUGUGCUGAACUCUGCAUUUGUGGCUGGGCAAGUGCCACCCUCUGUGAAUGGUAGCCUGAUCACCCCUGUGCACAAGAAAGGCAGCAAGCUUGACAUGCUCAAUUAUAGACCCAUUGCCGUUACUGAGCCCAUCAUGCGCUUUUGCGUCCUGGCAGUUGUGUACCAGAUCUAGGCUAUGCCGAUGACUUUGCUUUGCUCGCCACCACACCUGCUCAUUUGCAACGCUUGAUUGAUGCAGCUGCUGAGUUUUGUGAACAAACGGGAAUGGUCAUCAGUGUUGACAAAACAAAGAUUGUGGUGUUCUCUUCAAGUUUGCCAGGACCUUUUCAAUGGCUUUGUGGUGGUGCGCCUUUACAUUGGGUUCAGCAGUUUGAGUACCUGGGUGCCCUUUUUGACGGUGCCCAAGGCAUUAAUCUCACCUUUGGCAAGCUUCACAGGAACAUGUGGGGUGCGUGGGCACAGCUCAGGCAGCAAUAUGGGAAGUUGCAUUGCAGCAUGUCAGCUGGCCUGUUGUUGCGCCUAUAUGAUGCAUGUGUGCCGCCGACUGCCUCCUACGGUUGUGAGGUGUGGGGCCUGCGCAGCCUUCCUGGUGGCGACAGCCGGCGGGGCCGGGCUGCCUUGGCCUCCUCUCACCUGAAAAUUCUGAGAGACAUUGCUGGCGUCCCCACCUCUGUGCAUGGUGCCAUCUUGCUUAAGGAGUUGAAUCAGCAGACCCUUGAUUGUGUGUGGUGGCGGCGCAUUAUCAAGUUCUGGAACAAUUUGGCUGCCUUGCCUGCAAAUAAUUUUCACAGGCAAGUGGCCCUUGAUGAUUGUUGGGAUGCCAUAACCCGUAAUGUUAAGAAUUGGGCUUGGGCCUUCAUGCGGGGCUUGCGCCGGAUUGGGUAUGAGUUUGUUAUUCGGUUUGACACCCUUGUUCCUGUGGAAGUUGAUGCUGUGAUGCAGCUGCUAGAUGCGCAAGCACUGCAGGUUUGGGAUGACAUUGACAUUUGCCCUAGGACCUGCCCGUCCAGCAAUGCCACCUUGUGUACAUAUCACAGAUGGUUUGCUAGGCCAGCUUGUGUGCGCCACCCUUGCCAGCUCUUACAGCAGCCUUUGAGUGCCCGUUGCUUGCGUAUACUGUUGAAGUUCAGGAUGGGUUGUCAUAGUCUGCCCAAUGUCUCGGGCCGCUGGGCAAGGAUUCCCCGGCCCCAGCGUUUGUGCAUGCGUUGUGCCCAGCAGGUUAUUGGGGAUGAGCGCCACCUUGUGUUUGAGUGCCCUGCCUUGCAAUCUGUUCGGGACAGAUAUCCUGGGCUGUUUGGUGCAGCCAUUGUGACGAUGCAGCAAUUCAUGUGGCAGUUGGACAUUGUUGGUGUUGCACAUUUUGUGAUGGAUUGUUUUGAUUAUUUGGAUGCUGCCAGUUCAUCCAAUCAGCCCUUAGGCGGCUGGAGUGAUGUAAUCUUCCUUCCUUCCUUC